UACAGGGGGAUGUCCAUGUCCCGUGAGUUUUUAUUGAGGAGGGUUGACUUCUCUCUCCAGAAGCUGACGCAUCAAAACAUGAUCAUGUUGCAGCGGUGCGUUUUUAGCAGAAUUCUCCAGCAGUUUUAUUCGGGGUAUCAAGAACCCACUAAAAGUCUGCUGUCAGGGUUUCCUACUGCGCUGCGACUUGGACACGGAGCUGCUUGGCACAGAAGCAAAUCAACAGCUCAUCCAGAUGUGAAGGAACGGACUCUUGUAGCUGUGAAGCCGGAUGGAGUUCAGCGUCGCCUUGUGGGACAAAUAAUUCAGCGGUUUGAGCAGCGUGGCUUCAAGCUGGUCGGCCUGAAGAUGCUGCAGGUGUCUGAGGAUCUUCUGUCUCAGCACUACUGUCAGCUGACAUCGAAGCCUUUCUAUCCCAGUCUAGUGGAUUAUAUGACUUCAGGGCCAGUGGUAGUGAUGGUAUGGGAGGGUCAUAAUGUGGUCCAGUCAUCUCGUACAAUGGUGGGACCCACUAAUCCGGCUGCAGCCCCGACAGGCACAGUCAGAGGAGAUUUCAGCAUCCAUGUCAGCAGGAAUGUGGUUCAUGCCAGCGAUUCACUGGAAGGCGCUCAGAGGGAGAUCCAGCUGUGGUUUCAAGGAAAAGACCUCCUGAACUGGGACUGCUGCGACCAAAGCCUUACUGUGGAGGAGUGAAGAUGCGGACAGUGGAAGGCAGUGAGAAUCAGUAACACUACCUCUUCUCUAACUGCUUAAUGUCUUUAUCAGUGUUCUUUCCAAAUAAUUUACCUCGUUAAAUGCACUUAUUCACAGAUUUUUGUUCAAUCAAAUGUGAAAUUUUAAAAUUUGAGCUACAAUAGCAACUACACGCACAUACACAGUAUCAAGGAAAAGUAUGUGAACCCUUUGGGAUUACUUGGAUUUCUGUAUGAAUUGGUCAUAAAAUGUGUUCUGAUCUUCAUCUAAGUCACAACUUCAGACAAACAGAGUGUGCUUAAACUAAUACUGCACAAAAAUGAUUUGUUUUCAUGUUUUUAUUGAACACAACAUGUAAACAUUCACAGUGCAGGGUGAAAAAAAUUAUGUGAACCCCCAGGCUAUAACGUCUCCAAGAGCUAAUAGGAGCCAGGACUCAGCCAACCUGGAGUCCAGUCAAUGUGAUGAGAUUGGAGGUGUUGGUUAAAGCUGCCCUGCCCUAUAAAAAACACACACCAGUUUUAAGUUUGCUGUUCUCAAGAAGCACUGGUUGAUGUGAACCAUGCCUCACACAAAAGAGCUCUCAGGAUACCUACAAUCAAGAAUUGUUGACUUGCAUUAAGCUGGAAAAGGUUAAAAAAAAAAAAAAGUAUCUCUGAAAGCCUUAAUGUUCAUGUGUCCACAGUAAGAGAGAUUGUCUACAAAUGGAGAAAGUUCAGCACUGUUGCUACUCUCUGUAGGCGUGGUCGUCCUGUUAAAGAUAACUGCAAGAGCACAGCGCAGAAUGUUUAAUGAGGUGAGGAAGAAUCGUAGUGUCAGCUCAGGACUUACAGAAAUCUCUGGCACAGGUUAACAUUUUUGUUGACAAAUCUACAAGUAGAACAUUAAACAAGAAUGGAGUUCAUGGGAGGACACCACGCUGUCCAAAAAAAACAUUGCUGCACAUUUGAAGUUUGCAAAAGAGCACCUUAAUGUUCCACAGCACUACUGGCAAAAUAUUUUGUGGACAGAUGACACCAGAAUUGAGUUGUUUGGAAGGAACACACAAUGCUAUGUGUGGAGAAAAAAAGGCACAGCAACAUCAAAACCUCAUCCCAACUGUGAAAUAUAGUGGAG